UUUGUAAUUCAUUACUUGCAAUAAUAAAAUUCUCGUAAUAAACGUUCAGUAUCUCAUCUCCUCCACAAGGGGGAAGUAGAGAGCUGUUUUACAAAAGUAAAACCUAAACUGAUGAAGUGGGAAAAUGUUCCUGUUGAAAACAACCAGAAACAGCCAAACAUGCAUUAAUGGUGUUUAACAUUAGAACAGAUUAAAAAAAGGAAAAGCUUGCCUUUAUUUUAGGUAAUUUAUUAGGAACAGUUUUUAUUCAGCAGGUGGCGCUGACGGGUUUUCAGGCUGUUUGACAACCGUAAAAAGACCGUAGAGGAAGAAAAGGGGAAAGCGAGCGAAACUCAAACGAAUAGCUUUAGUUUUUACUGCUUUUAAUCAAAAAUUUCUUUGUUUUUCUUCCUCGAAUAUUCCAGAUGAGUAAGUUAUGUCAACUGCUGCGUCCGUUUUUAAUUGAUCUCACAAGCUAGUACAAUUAUUAGCUGUAGUUCAGCAUCUGUUGACCAUGAGUGUUAGCAAGGUUCAAACGUUAACACACCUCCAGAACCGAGCCCGAGUGGACCAAAAUAAGGAGCUCAUAGUUUCAAGAACCAGUAAGGUUUUGGCUGCGAGGAACCAGGCGGUGGUGGCGGUAGGAGCCUGGGUGGAAAGCGGGCAGGACUUGCUGGAACACCCGUCAGAUCUUGCUUUGCUGACUGAUGAGCUGCAAACAGAAAAGAGACAGAAGAAAGAAGAGAGCCUGAGACGAUUUCAGGAUGAAGUUCGGCACCGUGUGGCCCAGCGAGCUAACAUCCAAAGACAGCAGCAGCCUCACAUAAAUUCAGAGGUGACACCUCACAUAAGAAUCCCACAUCACCAGGUCUGGGAGCAUCAAGUGUCUGCCAGGAAAGGGAAGACGGCUGCAGAAACGACGUUACAACAAAGGAGUUCUCCAGAGCCGGGUGAAGUCAUGAGGCAGGUUAGACUCAGACUGGCUGCCUGCCGGACGAUCCAGCCAGAGGAAACAAUGUCAGAUCUUCCAGGAGGCAGAUGGAACAGCUCUUCAACCAGACGUAGAGACAGUUCUCACAUGCACAGACCAGAGGAGGAUGUUCUAGAAGAGGAAGAAGAGGAGAAAGAUGUUCCUCUCUUCAUUAGUCAACAUGAGUGUCCACUUGUUCAGCAAAAGAUGGUGAGACAAACUCUUUGGGAUCCAGAUGAAUCCCAUCCUGAUCCUGGUUCCAAGUCCAGAGUCCCACAGGUUCUCUGGCCUCUGACCGACCAGGAAAAAGUGAGAAAACAGCGUCAGUCUCAGUUCCUGAUGCACCGCCGCCAGGAAAUGAACAGCGAGCGAGAACAUGUGAAGGAAAAGAGAAAACUCAGGAAACACCUGCAGAGGACAGCGAGUAUGAAAGCAGAAAAGGAAAAGCUUCGUCUGGAGGAGGAGAGGAGAUUGGAGAGAAUUCAGCAGCUUUCAGAGGUCAAACGGAAGCUGGAGGAACGAGAGCUGCUGAUUCAAGCACGGCUGAAGCUCGAAGAGGAAGAGGAGGAGAGAGCUGUGCAACUUCAAAGGAGUAAGAUUAAGGAGGAAGAAAAAGACACCAGGAGGUACGUCGAGGCUCUGAGAGCUCAGAUGAAGGAGCGACUCUCUUUGCUGAAGCUGGAGCCUCCUCCUCUCUGCUGCUGCGCCUCCUCCUUCUGGGACUCCCACCCUGACACCUGUGCUAACAACUGUGUCUUCCACAACAAUCCCAAAGCGUAUGCCAAGGCUUUGCACUCAGCAGUGAUGUGUUAAAUAAAGGAAGCUCCUGAACCAAUCGUCUGACAGAGAUGACAACUUAUGUGUUUUUAACCUAAAAAAGACAAUAGAAACUGUCCGCUGACAGUUGUCAUGUGCCAAAGUUUUCACCUUGUCUGAUCAUGUGUUCGAUUUUGCACAAAAAUCUUGUUUUCUUGAUGGUUUCUGUUGUGAUUUAAAAGACUCAGGGGGACUAAUCAAACUCCCACCAAGGUUUAGUAAACGUUUAGCUUUUUAGCUACAUUAUGCCACAGUGGCUCAGACGCCACUAUAACCGUUCAGAGCUGUAAGCAAGUCUUUUGGGGAUUCUAGAAAACUUAUUCUAUGCCAUUUCAGUAUGCACAUUUGUCAAAUGUGCAGUUCAUUAGUUUACAAAAUAGGUAAACGGUAGGAGUCAUUUGUGCAAACUUGAAAAAUGGCUCAGUGGACAUGUUAAAAUAAGUAAUGAAAGUUUUAAUUUCUAAGUGUAAAAUUGUGAGAACUGAGAACCAUUGUUUUUGAGAUUUAAAUAAAGUGUUUGUU